AUGAGAUUCGUGAGCGAACUUCCAUAUUUCAGGUAUCGGGAGGUCUCAACACUGUAUUCACGCCUUCAGCGACGUCUCAAACAUCAUGAACUGGAGACCGUGCAUGCCAAUGUGAAGGGCCAAAUACGUCAAAAAGAGAAUGGAAUUAGCAACAGAAGUGCAGCGAAUCGCGUAUUGCAUGUUUGUCCCUCUGAUGAUUGCAACGGACCAGACUCUUCAUUUGAUCGGCUCCAUGACCUCAUCCGACAUUAUGGAAAACGUAGGUGA